AUGUCGAUGUACCAGCAUCGGGGAAUGGGGGCAGCCCCCCCAGGAAGCUCGAAUCGUCUCAAUGACUUGCUCAACGAGAUCAGGCAGGAGUUUGAAAACCAGUCGCGCCAGACCGAGGGCUUUGAGCACCAGAUCGCAGCGCAAGUCAGCGAGAUGCAGCUCGUGCGAGAGAAGGUUUACCAGAUGGAGCAGACUCACAUGACCCUCAAGCAAAAGUAUGAGGAGGAGAUUAGCAUGCUCCGACACCAGCUCGAGGCGGCCAGAAAAGGUGCCCCUCAGCCCGGCCUCCCCGGACCUCCGCAGCACGCAGCACCCUCCCAGCAGCCUCCAUCUAUCGCUCCCGGCAAUGGCCUCUUCAGUGGCAUAAUGGCUGGUGGACAGCAGCAGCAGCCACAGGGCGGACAACAGCAGCCACCAUCGCAGCAGGGCCAUGCCCCUCCUCAGGAGCAGCAGAUGGGACCUCAACACCAGAUGGGUCAGGGUCCUCCUGGCCUUCCUGUCCCUCCCCCUCAUCCCAAUGCCCAGCAGGCUCCUUAUUCUCAGAGCUACCCUCCAGGCCCAGUCUCCAACGGUAUGGCUCCUCAGCCUCCUCAGAGUACUGCCUCUCCUGGCCCCGGCCGACGAGGCAUCGGCCGACCUCCUAAUGCCGUUGGACCCGCGACUCCUCAGAUUAACACUCCAGUCCCGUAUCCCGGAAACGCAGCGUCGCCUCAGGUCAGCCACCCGACUCCCGACCACGCUCGUAUGGGCGGCCCUCGCGCUCCUCCUGUGGGAAACGCCCUGGGCGAUCUCGAAGUUGAUGCUGUGGCUCCCCACAACAAGAAGACGGGCCAGGACUGGUAUGCCAUCUUCAACCCUCAAGUGCAGCGCGUUCUCGAUGUCGAUCUCGUCCACUCUCUUAACCAUGAGAGUGUGGUCUGCUGUGUGAGGUUCAGCCACGAUGGAAAGUAUGUUGCAACUGGCUGCAACCGAUCUGCUCAGAUCUUCGACGUACAGACUGGUGAGAAGGUUUGUGUUCUUGAGGACCACAAUGCUUCCGAUAUGAGCGCCGAUCUCUACAUUCGAAGCGUUUGCUUUAGUCCUGACGGUCGUUACCUCGCUACUGGCGCGGAAGACAAGCUUAUUCGCGUCUGGGACAUCCAAACCCGAACGAUUCGCAACCACUUCUCUGGCCACGAGCAGGAUAUUUACUCGCUAGACUUUGCUCGCGACGGACGAACAAUUGCCUCGGGUAGUGGCGAUAGGACUGUUCGCCUGUGGGAUAUUGAGCAAGGCAGCAACACUCUCACUCUCACGAUAGAGGACGGCGUCACUACUGUCGCCAUCUCUCCUGACACCCAGUUUGUUGCCGCAGGCUCCCUCGAUAAGAGCGUGCGUGUCUGGGACAUCCACUCGGGCUUCCUCGUUGAGCGUCUCGAAGGACCUGACGGCCACAAGGACAGUGUGUACUCGGUCGCUUUCUCGCCCAACGGCAAGGACCUCGUCUCUGGCAGUCUUGACCGUACUAUCAAGAUGUGGGAGCUCAGCACCCCUCGUCAAGGAAAUCAGCCUGGCCCUAAGGGCGGCAAGUGCGUCAAGACGUUUGAGGGCCACCGUGACUUUGUUCUCUCGGUUGCGCUCACCCCUGACUCGAACUGGGUGCUGUCCGGAUCCAAGGAUCGCGGCGUGCAGUUCUGGGAUCCCCGGACAGGCACAACGCAACUCAUGCUGCAAGGCCACAAGAACUCUGUCAUCUCGGUUGCGCCGAGCCCCCAGGGUGGCUACUUUGCCACAGGAUCUGGCGACAUGAAGGCUCGCAUUUGGUCGUAUCGUCCGUACGCUUAACCAACCACCCACUGAGCGGCUCUUUGCGUAGAUGCCGAGUGGGAGGCAAUAUCAUCAUGGUUACGAAAAGCGAUACAGGAAGACUACGAAAAAAGAAAUGCAAGUUAGGGAGCAGAUGUACUGGGAAGAUGUUUUCGGGAGCCUUUAUUGAUGGGAAGCGGCCAAGGGGAGCUUGUGACGGGAGUGGGCGACGACUAUUCUUGUUUCUUGGGACUUGGACACGGCAAAGACGAUGCGCACGUUCAGCCCAACGGCGCGAGGGAGGAUCUUGCGAAAGAGGCGCAAUAGGACUGGAGGAAAUGAGGAUCAAUCACACCUCUCUUUGCACUGGGCGGAACGAAAGAAAGAAAGAAGGGAGGGAGUGGAGGCCUUGUAUGGAUAUUUGCCGGUUCGAUGCUUUUCUACUUGUGCGUCUUGUGUUUAUAAUGAAUGAUAUUUUUUUUCUACUCUG